ACACGUAACAAGAAAAUAAUUUGAAAUGAAUAAGUGAAAAUUGUCAUUGUGUUGUUGUCGUUAACGAUGUCUCCCACGUCAUAGGCUCCUUUUACCUAGCUGGAUAUCUUCCCCAUAGAUCCACCCACUCACACCCACCACCUCUUCUAAUCUCCAAUCCUCCUCUUCCUCUCUCUUUUCUCGAUUAUCUUCAUAACCAUAACAUUCAUUCAUUCACCACUUCUGACCACUCUACCUUACCUAUACACUACACUCUACCACCACCUUUUUUCCCUCUUAAAAAUCUCAAUUUUGACUUGUCAAUUUAUGUUCAAAUUCAACACACUCACCAAUUUUGACCUUACCCCUUAGUAUUAGUAUUAGUAUUAUUUUACCAUUUUGAGUUUUCCCACCUAUUUUAUUCCCCUUCCUCCUUUUAAAUUCAAUUCAACCUCUUCUACAUCUACAUACAUACAUUGCAAAACCAUAUCAUAAUCUCCUCAUCAAAAAACACAAGAGGGUAGAUAUGAGUUCUCCUCUCAUGUUAUUAACAUCUUUCUCUAAUCUCACACAACUAACCCCAUACCUAAUAUGUUUUCUUAUUUUCCUUCUCCUUCUUGAACAGAUCUCAUACAUCACAAAAAAACGUUUCAUCCCAGGCCCAUCUUUGGUACUUCCUUUCAUUGGCAACGCAAUCCCAUUGGUACGUGACCCAACUAAAUUCUGGGACCUUCAAUCCACCUUAUCCAAAUCCACUCCUUUGGGCUUUUCAGCUAAUUACAUCAUUGGCAACUUCAUAGUCUUCAUUAGAGAUACAGAACUCUCCCACAAGGUUUUCUCCAAUGUUAGGCCCAACGCUUUCCAUCUCGUGGGACACCCUUUUGGCAAGAAGCUUUUCGGUGAACAUAACCUUAUUUAUAUGAUGGGCCAAGAACACAAGAAUCUCCGCCGUCGGAUCGCUCCUAACUUCACUCCUAAAGCUCUUUCCACUUACACCUCGCUGCAGCAGAUUAUUAUACUUAAACAUCUUAAGUCAUGGGUUCAGAAAGCCCAACACUCGAUUCCAAUUCGAGUAUUAGCCCGUGAUAUGAACCUUGAAACAUCUCAGACGGUUUUCGUGGGCCCUUAUCUGGGCCUGAAAGCCCGAGAGAGAUUCGAGCGAGAUUACUUUCUCUUCAACGUUGGACUCAUGAAACUUCCAAUUGACUUUCCCGGAACCGCUUUUCGAAACGCGAGGCUCGCCGUUGACCGUCUUGCCGGAACCCUAGCUACUUGUACGGCGAUGAGUAAGGCGAAGAUGGAGAAAGGUGAAGAGCCUUCGUGUCUCAUCGAUUUCUGGAUGCAGGACACAUUAAGGGAGAUCGAUGAAGCGAAGGUUAACGGCGUGACGUCGCCGCCGUUCUCAACCAACGCUGAAAUCGGUGGUUAUCUCUUUGACUUCCUCUUUGCGGCACAGGACGCUUCAACUUCGUCGCUGCUGUGGGCGGUGGCGUUGUUAGAUGCGCAUCCGGAGGUUCUGGCGAAAGUGAGGGAAGAAGUCGCCGGAAUCUGGUCGCCGGAAUCGGAUAAGCUGAUAACUGCGGAACAACUUAGGGAAAUGAAAUACACGCAGGCGGUGGCGCGUGAAGUUAUUAGGUAUCGACCGCCGGCGACUCUUGUGCCGCAUAUCGCGGCGGAGGAUUUUCCGCUAACGGAGUCGUACACGAUUCCGAAAGGAACAAUUGUUUUCCCGUCGGCGUUCGAGUCAUCGUUUCAGGGUUUUACUGAACCGAACCGGUUCGAUCCAGACCGGUUCUCAGAGGAAAGACAAGAAGAUCAAAUAUUUAAAAGAAACUUUCUGGCGUUUGGAGCUGGGCCCCACCAAUGUGUGGGUCAGAGGUACGCUUUGAAUCAUCUUGUGUUGUUCAUCGCUAUGUUCACCACGUUGAUUGAUUUCAAGAGGGAAAGAACGGACGGCUGUGAUGAGAUCAACUAUGUGCCUACGAUUUGCCCAAAAGAUGAUUGCAUGGUUUUUCUGUCUAAGCGGUGCACAAGGUACCCAACUUUCCCUGGAGUUGAUCAGCUCGUCAAUUGACCAAAAUGCCCUUACUGUUUGUCGCAGGUUACAAGUAUUUUUUUAUUGUAUUUUUAAUAUUUUUUAUGUCUAGCCGUCGUAAACGAUGAGUUGACUUUUUUAUUUUUGGUGGGUUUGAAAUGUUAGUAUUCUUGUAAAAGUAUGUGAAUUUGAAUUUGAGAGGUCAUUGGAUAUGGAUAGUGGGUGGAUGAUUGGGUGCUUAUUGACAUUCAAAUAAAAUGAAAAUUAUUCCAAUUUCAAUGAUAUGUCUAUUUUCAA